UCUAUUUGCGCCAUAAAAAGCUAAGAUUGACAGCAAAGAAAGAGUGCUAGGAGUGCUGGGGAGGGUUACUGCCCUGCCUUUUUCCUGAAUGUUACCCCGUGACAAACACACGUACACUUUUAACGUGUUCAUAUGUUUGUCUAUUUGCAUGUUGUAAACACAUAACACGAGUAAUAUUUUCAGCUCACGCAGUUGAAAAUUUAUGUCCAACUUUUUUCUUUCAGUCGUUUUCUUCAUUUUUAUCCACGAACGAAAACCUGGUUCUUAGUUGCGAAGCCUUACCAGGUAUUAUGUGUACUUGGACUAUAUUUACUUUUUGUCUUGAAAAUCGGACCAAACUGGAUGAAGAAUAGACCACCAUACAAUGUUGAUAAAUUGAUGAUCAUACAUAAUGUAGUACAAGUUUUGGCUUGUGGUUACGUGUUUAUAGAGAUGAUCGUAUAUGCAUGGGGUUGGAACUACAGGUGGGUCUGUGAGCCGGUAGACUUCACUGACCAUCCGCAUGCUAUGAACGUAGCUGGCUUCGUGUAUCACUAUUAUAUGUUGAAGUGUUUGGAUCUGAUUGAUACGAUAUUUUUCGUGUUGAGGAAAAAGGAAAAUCAAAUAUCAUUCCUUCAUGUGUACCAUCACAGCAUCAUGGUGGCCGUGGUUUGGGGAGCUACUACUUAUUUACCAGGUGGGCACGGUACACUCGUCGGUAUGAUCAACUCCUUCGUCCACGUCGUGAUGUACAGCUACUAUUUACUGACCGUCGCCAUGCCGAGCGUCAAGAACUCCUUGUGGUGGAAAAAAUAUAUCACACAGUUACAAAUUAUACAACUGGCCUGGUGCUGUCUUCACAUGGCUGCGAUAGUCUUCAAGCCAGAUUGUGGCUACCCCCGAUGGUCGGCCAUUUUAUUUCUUCCCAAUAACCUCUGCAUGUUGAUAUUAUUCGUUGAUUUUUAUAUAAAAAAAUACUUUAAAAAGCCAAAACAAAAAGUUGAACAAGUCCAAAUUCAAAAUGGUGAGACCAAAAAGCAAUUGUUUGAAGACACGAUAGCGCAGCAACGGUUUAAAGUAAUUUAAUUUCACUAAAUUUAAAUAGAGAGCAAAAUGAACGAAGACCAGUAAUUUUAUAAUUUUGUUAAACUAGUCGGAAUAGUUUAUCUACAAAUUAGUAUAGUGUUAGUUUACAAAUUUAAGGUUGAUUAAAAUAUUUUAUCGCUCCAUUAUAAAUAUUUAAUUUAAAAUUAUUUGCUGUCAAAAUAAAUAUUUAAGACUCGAUUUUGACAAAUUUUAAACGGACAGAUUUAAUUCGAACUUUGUAUACUCAUCAAGGAUAAAAUUUUUGUAUCAGAAAUAUUUUCGGCUUGCGUAUAUUUGACCAUGUCACGGAAUACCGCAAAUAACUCAAUUGGCUUCCCAUCCGUCUUCGCUGGGAUGCGCACAUUCUUCAGCUUCUGUACUGUGUGCUGUUUGACCCUAAAACGCCUUGUUAUCUAAAAAAUCAAUUUAAUUAUCUUGGUACUAAUAAAUUAAUCUCUCUUCGCUCAUCCAACCUUCUACUUCUUUCCACACCAGUUCAUCGCACUAAUUUUUACGGCUCUUCAUUCACUGUUCGCGCUAUUCAGCUUUGGAACGCUCUGCCGGAAUCCAUCAGACGUGCAAAUACUAUCAAUAGCUUUAAAGUGCUCGUUAAAAAUCAUUUCGUGUCAUUAUAAUGUGUUGCUUAUCAUAUUGCCUAAAUUAUUUAUUAAAUGAUCAGUAUAUUAUUAGUUAUUAUUAUUAUACGUGUUCGUACUGUAUUAGUGUGUAUGUAGUGUAUGUAGUUUAUAUGUAUUUUUAUUUUUAAGCUAUUGCAUAGCUUCUAUCGCGGGCCUUGAGCGCGGGGACCGAAUCGAGAAAUUCCGUAACGAAAAAACCUCACG